AUGGAAUCCCUAUUCUACUCUCCUGAACGAAGCCAAAGCGAUAUCGAAGAAACUCACCAUUAUCUCGAGACAGAAGAUAGUGCUACAUGUGUUGGGAUGACUACGACUUCAGAGAAAACAGAAAAGGAAAUCAUCGACGCAUACGAAGUUGCUAAAGGCUUUUUCGAAGAAGCUGAUCACAUUAAGGCCUUGGAGACAACCGAGAAAACAAUAUCUGAUCAUGGGAUUAUGAACCAAUUCUGCUCUCCUCACCACCAACUGCAAGGUGAUAUCUUCUCUGAGUUAGCGAGAAAGACAGAUAUCACCGACAUCAAAUGCGUAUACUUGUUUGCUUCUGUCGAUUCGUAUUCAACGUCUACUCGCCUGUGUCCUCAAGAUGUAAGCUCCUUUUGUGCCUGUGCUCGUUCGCUGAUGGAAUUGGGUGAUCAGCUUGGGAUAAACAAGUUUUAUAAGAAAGCUGAGUCCAAGGCAAGACGAGGGUUAUCCUCUUUAAAGAAGAUGAUGCUUAAGCCUCAAGAAACUGAAAAUUUGGAAACACAACUUCAGUCGUUGAUAAAUCUUGCAACAGUGAAGAUGAAUAGCAAUGCGACUGCGACUGCGUCUGAUACAAUGGCUAAUGAUCAGAUGGAAUCGGGAAAGCAAGAACAGGGGAAGGAAGAUCCUUAUGUUGAUCGUAUGAACAACUUGUGGGGUAAACUGGAUGGAAAGACCAAAAGGGAAUUUUUGGUAGUAGACACUAAAAGUCUUUUGGACUACAUAAAGAAUUUGUGUGGCAACAAAGUGACAGAACAUUUUGCGAAAUGUGUAUACAGUGUGGUCGAGGAUAAACUUCGAUGGAGAUGGUGGAAGUGCCGCAUUUGUCCUCAGGUAAAUUACUGUUUUACAGAUUACAAGUGGCACAUCUUAGAUAACCACGUGCACAAAUUUCAACCCCGAAGAUUCUUUACUCGUCCUAAGUGUGUGGAUAAGGUUUUGGCUGACAUGAUAUGUUGUGGGAACUGGGAGCCUGUGGAUGUAGCUAAGGCAAAAGAUCUUAUCAUGAGUAAAACUAAGCGCAGGGAAAAGUUUGCUUAUGUUAAUGGAUGGUGUAGUGAUUGGCCUGUUGCCAAUGAUAAAAAGCGGAAAGACAUACUCAAACAGUUUUCUCAUCUUCUUAAAUCUUCUUGCUCCAAUGAGAAUGAUACUCUUCCAUGUAGCCUCUGGGAUUGGUUGAUAGAUUACACAGAAGAGAAUCUGCCACUAUCUCAAGUUCCCGGGAGCUAUCUUGAUAAAUGUAACUUCUUUGAGAACCCUCAGUGCAUCUGCUUCUUAGAUCUUAAGAAUCUUGAAUACAUUCUCGAAUAUUUUAGACAGCUCAUCAUCACAGAUGUUCGCACAAGAUUAGUGUCAACAGCAGUGAAUCGGUUUUGGGGAAAUUCCUUGGUCAAGGAAAGAAUCGAUCUUGAGCGAGGAACUUGUAAUCUGCUUCUGGAUGAGAGACUGUUGUAUGAAGGAGAGCAUCAUGAUUUUGAUGACGACACAGAGGCAGUAAGGACUUUUAAUUCAAGUAAAAUUUAUGAGCAUGUGAUACCUAAGGGUGAUAAACUCGUCUCUUGGGUUCUAGACUGCCCAGCAAUCGAUACCGAUUUUGUGUCUCAAGUGGUGGAGGGUAUAGACAAUCUUGAGAUAUGGUUAGCAGUUUUGAGAAUAGUACGGUGCACAGCUAGGAAAGAGGAAAGCUACUAUAAUAAGAGAGACAAGCUGAUAACCUAUGGUAAGAUGUUGGACGAGGCUGAGACCACUUGUGACAAUGAAGACAAUAGGAAGAAUGCUAAUCAGAGGGUAAGAUACGCGUUGGUGCUUCAAAUGUUGUGUGAGGCGCGUCAAAGGCAGGAUAAUGCUACCACAUGUUGUCUCCUAAAUGUGGUAAGAGAUGUUCUUCAAGGGGCGGAAUCUCCAAGAUUUGAAGUAUUAGAAGACAAAGAGUUCAUGGAGUGUAUAUCCGGGCUCUCUACUAUCCAAAAUGAUGUUGUUAGAGAAAGUCUUUUAAAGCUAAGGAAGUCGCUCAACGACAAGUUCCAUUUGAUCGAUUCAAAGAUUCUUCUGAACGAGUGGACGUACAAAAAGCUACAUGAAUUCAUAGAGCUUUCAGCAACUGAGAAUCGCGUAGUGAUCCUUCCGUUCGUGAAGAUGUAUUUACAGGAUAAACUGAAGAAGACGAUGAAAACACAUAACAGAACGAGGCCAGUUACUACAGAAGCUUCUUCUAAGAAGGGACGCAGGGCUACAAUCUUGGAGGCUUCUUUCUUAGAAGAUGAAGAAAAAUCUUAG